AAUAUAAAACAAUGUUGCUGGAUUGACAAGAAGCUUAAAACGUUGUCGUAGAAAGCCCAAAAAAUGCAGGCAACAUCGUUUGGCAACAGCUGAGUACAAUGAAUUAAAAGAUUUUGAUACCUUUCCUUCUCUGCAAAACGACAUCUACAGGGAAAUAUGUACCAGUGGAGGAAAUUCGAGUUCUUCGAAGAGAAAUACGGAGGAAAAAGCAAGAUUCCUGAGGAUGUAAGUGGUAAUAUAAAUUGUUGCUCUAGCGGUAGAGGUAAAGUCGUGAUCGGCUCCGAUGAAGGCCACGUUAGCUUACUCGAUCGCGGACUUCACUUCAAUUUUUCAUUUUUAGCUCAUUCCUCUUCUGUUCUCUUUCUCCAGCAACUUAAACAAAGAAACUUCCUUGUAACUGUUGGUGAAGAUGAACAAAUUGCUCCACAACAAUCUGCAAUGUGCCUCAAGGUUUUUGACCUUGAUAAAAUGCAGCCAGAGGGAACAAGCUCCAUCGUACCUGAUUGUAUUGGAAUAUUGCGGAUUUUCACCAAUCAGUUUCCUCAUGCAAAGAUUACGUCAUUUCUAGUACUAGAGGAAGCUCCUCCAAUCCUACUUAUAGCUAUUGGAUUAGAUAAUGGAUGUAUUUAUUGCAUCAAAGGGGACAUUGCAAGAGAACGUAUCACACGUUUCAAGCUCCAGAUUGAUAAUAAUAAUGUUUCAGACAAAAGUAGUUCUUCCAUUACCGGUCUUGGAUUCAGAGUGGAUGGUCAAGCCCUUCAAUUAUUUGCUGUAUCACCAAAUUCUGUUAGUCUCUUUAGCUUGCAGAGUCAACCACCUAGACGCCAAUUGCUAGAUCAGAUAGGAUGCAAUGUCAAUAGUGUAGCAAUGAGUGAUCGCUCGGAGUUGAUAAUUGGUCGGCCUGAAGCUGUAUAUUUUUAUGAAGUUGAUGGGCGUGGUCCUUGCUGGGCAUUUGAGGGAGAGAAGAAAUUUGUAGGGUGGUUUCGUGGUUACCUUUUAUGUGUUAUCGGAGAUCAAAGAAGUGGUAAAGAUACUUUCAAUAUUUAUGACCUGAAGAAUCGUUUAAUAGCUCAUAGUCUAGCGGUUAAAGAAGUUUCUCACAUGCUUUGUGAAUGGGGUAACAUAAUACUUAUAAUGAACGACAAAUCAGCUUUAUGCAUUGGGGAGAAAGAUAUGGAAAGCAAGUUAGAUAUGCUCUUCAAGAAAAAUCUUUAUACUGUUGCUAUCAAUCUUGUUCAAAGUCAGCAAGCUGAUGCUGCUGCAACUGCUGAAGUGCUAAGGAAAUAUGGAGAUCAUCUUUAUAGCAAACAAGAUUAUGAUGAAGCUAUGGCCCAGUAUAUCAGCACUAUUGGUCACCUUGAACCUUCAUAUGUAAUACAAAAGUUUCUGGAUGCACAAAGAAUUUACAACCUUACAAAUUACUUGGAAAACUUACACGAGAAGGGGCUUGCUUCUAAGGAUCAUACGACACUUCUCUUAAACUGCUAUACCAAGUUGAAAGAUGUUGACAAGCUGAAUGUAUUUAUUAAAAGUGAGGAUGGUGUUGGAGAACAUAAGUUUGAUGUGGAGACUGCGAUACGGGUAUGCCGUGCUGCCAAUUACCAUGAGCAUGCAAUGUAUGUUGCUAAGAAGGCAGGGAGGCAUGAAUUAUAUUUGAAGAUCUUACUUGAAGACCUUGGCAGAUAUGAUGAGGCCUUACAAUAUAUUUCGAGCCUUGAACCAAGUCAGGCUGGUGUUACCGUGAAGGAAUAUGGUAAAAUUCUCAUAGAGCACAAACCAGCUGAGACAAUUGAGAUACUCAUGAGGCUCUGCACUGAGGAUGGGGAGUCAGCAAAAAGAGGAUCUUCAAGUGGUGCAUACUUAUCUAUGUUGCCAUCACCUGUUGAUUUUCUCAAUAUUUUCAUCCAUCACCCACAAUCUCUUAUGAAUUUUCUUGAAAAAUAUACUGACAAGGUAAAGGACUCUCCUGCUCAAGUAGAAAUUCACAAUACACUCUUGGAACUGUACCUGUCAAAUGAGAUGAACUUCCCUGCAGUAUCACAAGCUAGCAAUGGUGUGGAUAUUUCUCUCCAAGCUAAAUCAGGGGCAGGUAGGAAAUCCAAAGCUAAAUCAAAUGGGAAAGUAAUUGCUGAUCGAAAAGAUAUAUAUAAGGAAAAGGACCGUGUAGAAAGGCAAGAGAAAGGACUUCUUUUGCUUAAGAGUGCAUGGCCAGCUGAUCAGGAGCAUCCCCUUUAUGAUGUUGAUCUUGCUAUAAUUCUCUCUGAGAUGAAUGCAUUUAAAGAAGGCCUAUUGUAUCUCUAUGAGAAGAUGAAACUUUAUAAAGAGGUUAUUGCUUGCUACAUGCAAGCCCAUGAUCAUGAGGGAUUAAUUGCAUGCUGCAAAAGGCUGGGGGAUUCAAGUAAGGGAGGUGAGCCAUCUCUUUGGGCAGACCUGCUAAAAUAUUUUGGUGAACUGGGAGAAGAUUGCUCCAAGGAAGUGAAGGAAGUUUUGACUUAUAUAGAAAGGGAUGACAUCUUGCCUCCUAUUAUUGUUCUUCAGACUCUGUCCAGAAAUCCAUGCCUCACACUCUCUGUCAUCAAGGACUAUAUAGCUCGGAAGCUUGAACAAGAAUCGAAGCUGAUUGAAGAGGACCGGCAAGCAAUUGAUAAGUAUCAGGAGGACACAUUGGCAAUGAGAAAAGAAAUUCAUGAGCUUAGGACCAAUGCGAGGAUCUUUCAACUCAGCAAGUGUACCGCUUGCACUUUCACUCUUGAUCUUCCUGCUGUACAUUUCAUGUGCAUGCAUUCAUUCCAUCAGCGUUGCCUUGGUGAUAAUGAAAAAGAAUGCCCUGAAUGUGCUCCCGAGUACAGAGCUGUUAUGGAAAUGAAGAGAAGUCUUGAGCAGAAUUCCAAAGAUCAAGAUCAGUUUUUUCAGCUAGUGAAAGGUUCCAAGGAUGGAUUCUCCGUGAUUGCAGAGUAUUUUGGAAAAGGGAUCAUUAGCAAAACUAGUAAUGGCACCUCAGGAGCUCUUAGAUCAGGCAGCACGUCUUCCAGCAGUGGUUUCUGAGGUGUUUUGAGUGUUCAGAUGUUAGAGUCUUAUGCAUUUCUUGCAAGUUUCUGCUGAAUGUUGUUUGGUAUUCCUUGCUGGGGUUUAGCUGAGCUACAAUUGUUGUUUCAUUGUCAGAUCAACCAAUAUUUGUUUCACCAGAUUGAGUUCACUGUCAGAGAGCAAAAAUGCUUUGCUGCCACAGACCGCAUUUAAGAGAUGCAUCUAAGGUUCUCACCUGCGUUUUGUUUUUUGUUAAAAUUAUACUUGGAAUCUCCUUGGAGGGCAACAACAAAUUAAGAACAUAAUAUAUUCAUGCUGCUGCGGUUCACUGCUGUACGAUCUUUUUUGCUUGGUUUCUCCCAACAAGAAGUUUGUUUGACACUCUAUUUGUCCUUCCUGAUACAAACAGCAAAUUUUGUCGGACAUCUUCACUGUAAGGUUUUCCAAGCGUGUGAUUGGGUUAUGUAUAGGUGAUAUUUCAUUGUACUGUUAAUAUAUUUUAAGUAGGCAGUAGAGCCUGCAAUCAGUAAAAUUUCAAAGCAACUGGGGUAUGCUAUUUCACUUCUAGUAGACAAACAUCCCCUUUCUAGGUUUUGCUUGAUUUUAAUCACAGAUAGGGGUUGAUAUCAUGUUCUUUUAUCUUGACAAUUAGCCCAUGACGCCAUCUAUAUAGUUUUUCAUUUCGGACUUGA